UCGUGGACUUGGAUUUUAAUUCUAGCAGUUGUCGUUAAAAAUGAGGCGAUCCAAAGCACCAUCUAUACGCAAGAUGGCCAAAAAUACAUCCUUUGACUCGAACGCAAAUGUGAAUAGUUUCCGUUCUCCAAGCCCGCCAAUGCAGUGGGGCACAUCUAAUGGCUAUCAGCAUUGGGGUCCGAAAAACUAUGAGGACAAUGAAAACCCCCUUAAGGAUAAACGUAUUUUUCGCAUUCUUUGGCGCAACAUUUCCAACAGAAAGCAUAAAAUUUGGAAUGGAGACGGCACCCUCGAAGUGACAGCUGCAGAUGCAACUUUAAAAGACCACACAGGCAAAAUAAUGGGCGCAUUAAAAACCUUUAACUUUAAUCCAAGGGAUUUUAAAGAACAUGAGCUACUACAAAUCGCUGGUAAGGAAGUGGAGCUGCAAGAGGAGUUUAAAACUAUUGAAGAGUGUGUGGCACAACGAAAACAAGAGAUAGCAUUGGCCUUCCAUGUCGAGAGCGAUGACGAAGAAAACAACCACAAUCGACCACAAAAGGUUAACAUGCUUAAAGCGCCCAAACGAGCUCCCGUUGCCCGUGCCCUAACGGAGUAUAUUUGCAUGCUGCGUCCGGCAGAACUGCAGCUGUGGGCAUUAAAAGUUUGUGAACAGUAUGCUCAGGCAAUGCCUGCCGGCCACCAAUUUUCGGAUGACAUUGUCAACAUUUCGCGUUGGAUUUGUGACCACCCCGCAAUAGUCAAAAACCAUGCCAAUCCCACAUCGCAGCUGAUGCUAAGACUCUUAGAGCAUCUGCCACCUGCGAAGGAAAUGCAAAUAUAUGAUUCCGCUAAAUUUGAAUGCAUUUGUUCGCUGUUAGACAAUUUGGUUGUGGAACAUGGCGAAAGGUGUGCUAUCAUUGCUACGAACGCGGAGAUCUUGGACAUAAUCAAAGGUUAUUGCGAAUACUACGGCAUAAUUCAUAUAAAGAUUGAUACUAAUAUAGAUGUCGCGCGCUUUAACAGAUCCACAUCAGAUGUUGAAGCCCCUAUGGUUGCUUUUUUAGAUUCUCGCAAAUUGCCUACACAGCGCUUACAGAACUGUGCAAAUUUGAUAGUUUAUAAUAAUGAUCUAACUGAAGCAGACAGGUCAUUAUUGAUGCCGGUUCAAGCUGUUACUAAGAUUUACACACUAAUCACUACCGGAUGUAUAGAGGAGCGUCUUUUUCAGCGAAACUUCCAUUUGGUCGAAGACGAAGACCCUAUGGAUAUGCUGCUGCGUCCACCAUUGCACCCAACACAUGAGAUGCUCGCAAAUAGUAAUAGUACCCUUCGCAAUUGGACCCAAUGGCAUCCACCCUAUAGCGCUGAAUUGUUAAAGGCUGCGUGUGUUAAUCCAGAGCUUGAAUCUUUAAGCUGUGUUUUUUCAAAACAAACCGAUAUUGCAUAACAAAUGUAUUCAAAAUUGUUUUUAAUGAUAUCAAUAAAUUGUACAAAAUUA